UUUCAGUCGCGUUGACCGACCCGUUAUGCUUAUUAUAACGUUUAUUGUUUAAACUAUCGGGUUUUAUGCCUAAUUAGCAUUUUGGUUCCAUGUUCUAAUAAAACCCCAUAUUAUAUAUUUUUUAAUCUUUUAAAAGAAUUUAUUUAAAUUAGCUGUAUUGCUUUGAAUCUUAUAUAUGCAUUCAAUUCAAUGUUAUAAGGCCGGUUCGGUUCCAUAAACGGUUAAUUGUGCAUCCUUUUUUAGCCAGGUCGGUUUGGUUAUGAAAGAAACAGUGGAAAUGGGUGAGCUUUUGACCAAACCGCCCCUGCAAAGGAGAAAAGUAUCAGUCGAAGAAGCUGAAAAUGGUCAUCCAGUACGUCAAACACCGCAAGCAACCAUAACAAAAAGAUUAAAAUCCCGUUUACCCAUCUUGACAUGGAUCCCGAACUACAGCUUCGCCUUUUUCCUUCAGGAUCUCUUGGCCGGAUUCACGGUGGGCUGUACAGAGAUUCCCCAGGGAAUCGCUUAUGCUAUCGUAGCAGGUUUACCUACUCAGUAUGGGCUGUACAGCGGGAUAAUGGGCGGCUGUAUGUACUUCAUCUUCGGCACCUGUAAAGAUAUCAAUAUGGGACCUACAGCCAUUAUGGCCCUUUUCGUGCAAAGUAGCGUGACCCUUAUGGGGCCUGCCGGGGCUGUUUUGAUGACGUUUCUCUCGGGAUUGUUCAUAUUUUGUGCCGGUAUACUACGGUUAGGUUUCCUGGUGGAAUUCUUCUCGUUUCCUGUUAUAUCGGGGUUCACUACAGCCGCCGCUAUAUCGAUAGCCUGUUCCCAACUGAAGCAGCUGUUGGGCAUUAAGGGGCCCGCCAAUGAGUUUUUGGCCGCGUGGGAGUCCCUUUUUAAAAAUAUCGGUCAGACUAGGAAAUGGGAUGCCGUAUUGGGAUUUUCGACUAUAGCCGCCUUAUUUAUGUUUAGAGAAAUAAAAAGGUUCGGUUCACUCCAGAACAAACCCGAAUGGUCCCGGAACCGAAACCUAUUGGGAAAAUGCAUAUUUUUCUUGUCAUUGGCCGGAAACGCUUUGGCUGUGAUAGCUGGUACCUCGGUAGCUUACGUGGCUGAUCAGUAUUAUAAUGCCACCCCUGUAAUCUUAACAGGUGCGGUGGAAAGCGGACUGCCUAAUAUGUCUCUGCCGCCAUUCAGUACAACCUGGAACGGUACUUACUUUAGUUUUAAGGAUAUGAUCAGCGACUAUAAUACUUUAAUAGUAUUUUGUCCUUUGGUGGCUUUCUUGGAGCAUAUUGCCAUCGUAAAGGCCUUUACCAAGGGAAAAAUCAUUGACGCCACCCAGGAACUUAUAGCAUUAGGAAUAGGCAAUAUGGCCGGCUCCCUGGUCCAUUCCAUGCCGAUAACCGGUUCGUUUACAAGAACCGCGGUUAAUAACGCCUCUGGGGUCAAAACCACCACCGCGGGUCUUAUAACCUCUUGUAUGCUAAUGGUCUCGCUGGCACUGUUGACCGGGGUGUUUAAGUACAUCCCCAAAGCCACUUUAGCGGGAGUCAUUAUGGUUUCCAUGUACUACUUGUGCGAGUUCCAUGCCAUCGGAGUUAUGUGGCGGACCAAACGGUUGGACCUUAUACCGUUCUUCGCCACCCUAAUAUGUUCCCUACUGCUAAGCCUGGAAUACGGGAUAAUAAUCGGAAUAGCGGCCAAUUUGGUGUUCGUGCUGUACGACAGCGCGAGACCGAAACUGUACAUAGAGACUACAGUGUUUCAGGACCGUACUGUAUACAUUGUACAGCCGAAGGUGGCGCUGUACUUCACCUGUUCCGAGUACCUGAGGGAGCAUAUAUUGAAAAAAUGCCCGGGCGAGAACACCGUGGUAGUAAUCGAUGGGGAAUUCGUCAGGAAUAUCGAUGGGACGGUCGCUAAGAGUUUCGGACACUUACUGGACGACCUGGACAUCCGCAAGCAGAAACUCAUAUUUUGGAACUUUUCCAAGCCAGUUACGGACAUAUGUACCGGGGAUAAUAAGAAACUCAUUGAGCAUUUUAAAAGUGGGGCUCUGGAGGCUGUUUUGGAUGGGAGAAUGCGAAAAGUCACCUUGACUUCUAUACAUAGUGGCAACGGACUGACUUAGAUGCCAAUAGUUUUGGAUCAAAAGUUACUUAAUAUAUUGGUGCAUUUUUUUAAGGUAUUUUCUACUUUUUUAGUGGCCUAUGUUGUACGUGAUUAAAUGAAAUGGUUAACAAAA